GGCCUCAAGAUGAGUUUCGGCUCGGAUCAUUAUCUCUCCUCCUCUUACAGGAAGAUUUUUGGCGACCCUCCCCGAGCUUCAUCUGCUCGCCUGGGACCCAGCGGCUCCUCCAGAACUACCGUUGCCGGCGGCUACAGAUCCCACUCCCAGUCCCGCAGUAAUGUCCCUUCUUCUUCCUACAGGAGGGCUCCAAGGGGGGCUGGAUACUUGGCCGCAGACACAGUCGAUUUGUCGCAAACUUCAGCGGUGAAUAACGAGUAUAAGAUCAUUCGCACCAAUGAGAAGGAGCAGCUGCAGGGGUUAAAUGACAGGUUUGCCAUGUUCAUAGAGAAAGUGCAUAACCUGGAGCAGCAGAACAAGGUGCUGGAGACCGAGCUGACAGCUCUAAGGCAAAGGCAAUCAGAGCCCUCCAGGCUGGGGGAACUGUACCAACAGGAGAUGAAGGAACUCCGAGCUCAGGUGGAGGAUCUCAAUGCAGAGAAGGCUCAGAUCAUUAUAGAGAGGGACAACCUGGAAGAUGAUCUAGAGAAACUCAAAGGUAAAUAUGAGGAUGAAAUGAGAAUGAGAGAGGAGACUGAAUAUGCCCUGAAGUCGCACAAGAAGGAUGUGGAUGAUGCCACCCUGGCUCGCCUGGACCUGGAGAAGAAAGUGGAGUCUCUGUUGGACGAGAUCUCCUUCCUGAGGAAAGUCCAUGAUGAAGAGGUGACCGAGCUGAUGUCCAUGUUACAGGCUUCCCAGGUCUCAGUAGAGAUGGAGAUGCCCAAGCCCGACCUUACCUCCGCCCUCAAGGAGAUCCGCUCUCAGUACGAGUCGCUGGCGGCCAAGAACCUACAUUCGGCCGACGAAUGGUACAAAUCCAAAUUUGCCAACCUCACCGAGCAGGCGUCCCGCAGCACCGAGCUCAUCCGAGCCAACAGGGAGGAGAUGAACGACUACAGGAGGCAGCUGCAGUCAAAAACCAUUGAAACUGAAAGCCUUCGGGGCACCAAUGAGUCUCUGGAAAGGCAACUUCAGGAGAUGGAAGACAGGCACAUGGCAGAAACUGCUGGGCUCCAGGAUACCAUUAACCAGCUGGAAAAUGAACUGAGAAACACAAAGGGUGAAAUGGCUCGACACCUGCAUGAAUAUCAGGACCUCCUUAAUGUCAAAAUGGCACUGGAUAUUGAGAUAGCUGCAUACAGGAAAUUGCUGGAGGGUGAAGAAACCAGGUUCAUCACAGCAGGAAUUAGCAUGAUGCCUUCAAAUCCACACCCACCCCCAAGUUAUACUUAUCAGUCCCGGGUUCUUAGUUCUUCCUCUUCUAAGGUUACCCCUGCAGUAGAUUCCAGAAAAAAAGAGGAAACUGACGGGGUCUCCAAAAUUGGCUCUAAGCAAUCUGCUCGCAUAGGGGAAACCUAUGAGGAAAUCAUAGAGGAAACUGUUGUAUCAACUAAAAAAAAGGAUAAGCCAGAUCAAAAUGAUGAAGCUAUGGUGAAACCUUAGGAAAAUAUACUGUAUCAGUGGGGUAAUGUAAUAAAAGGUCUAUAUUUAGCACCAGCUCUAGUAACCAACAGCACAUGUUAGAUGUUGACAUUUAUUUAUUGAUUGCUGUUGGUUACUAGACGUGGCUCUAACUUUGCCACUAUUACUACAUAACACCUCACCCAUACAAUUUGCUAGGAUAGAUUUUUCACUUUAUAGUCUGUUCAUUCACCAGCAGGAAAAUUAGUGGAAGCCACAAGACAGGUCCCAAAACUAUAGUUGACAUUUAAAAAUAAUGCUGCAAUCUGCUUGGCCCCUGGCAUACUUAUCAUUCCAGUGAGAAGGAAGAUACAAACAAAAGUACUCAAAUAGGCAGCGUCGGACUCGUGGGUCAGGGCCCACUGGGGUUGCCGGCUCAGGGGUCCACACACCACCCCUGCCCCCCUGUCUUAGACCCACCCCCCUUGUGUUUACCAAUCGGGGGACAUAUGGAGUGGUUAGGAGGCAGGGCCAGCAUGUGGGCCUUGGGGGCAGGGCCAGCAUGUGGGCCUCGGUUGGCUGGGUUUUGUCUAGGGAUGCACCGAAUCCACUAUUUUGGAUUCGGCCAAACCCUGCCUCCUAACCACUCCAUAUGGCCCCCCGACUGGCCCAGUUCAAACCAGCUC